AUGCAAGACAUUGAAGAAGCCACGAUUGUCUUCCGCAAGUCAAACAAGACAGUGAAGUGGUUGGCGAAAGACCGACUCACGCUUCUCCAACUGGCGGAAAAGUCUGGCUUGACGCCCGAUUAUGGCUGCCGCUCUGGCGCCUGCGGUACGUGCGAGGUGAAGCUCUUGAAAGGGGAGAUUGAUGGCAUCCUGGAGGGAGACAACGGCGUCCUUAUAUGCAGCUCAAGUCCUGCGAGUGCUGAGGUGGAACUUGAUCUUUGA